GUGAGGAGCAGGGGAGGAGAUUGAAGUAGAAGGGAUGGGAAGUGUAGAUUAGCACACUUGUUCUUCAUCUGUGUUGUGGUUUACCACUCGGAAUCAGGGAUUAAUUCACAGCCACUCUGCCACUCUGUGCUUGUCAGGCUGCCUGUGAGGCUACUACUGUAUCAUCAUGAGAGGCAGCUGGAAUGUGAUAGAGAGCCAGACUGCCAAGGAGGUGAUACCAUCACCAGGGAGUGAGAGUUGCCCUGGACCAUUUCUGCUUCUGAUCGCUGCCUCCUGCACCUAGCCUUCUCAGUUUGUUUUGCUCUGUUGUGUGUAUGUGAGAGAACAGUGUGUGUCUGUGUGGAUAUGUGUGUGUGACACAGAGAGAAACACAGCCGCAGCGGAGGAAGGAGGAGCCAAGCAACUAGGGAGGGAGCUGGAUGCUUGCGUGUUGCCGUGACAGCACCACAGCCUGCUGUUUCUAGUGACGACUGAUGCAAGAAUGUGUGUCUGAACUGUUCUAGGGAGGGGGAACCAGUGGUUGUCUGUGUCCAGCCCAGCUUGCAGUGUCCUGGGUGCCCCUUCUGUGCCUGUCUAUCUGUCCGUCACUGAGGUUGGAGGUGGCCCUUGCUUUUUUACAACGCGGUACUCAGUCACUGGAAGAUGGUCAACCUCCUCUUCCUCCUCAUGCGUCCCUGUGAUCUCCAACAGAAGCAGCAGCACUACCAGGCUCUCUCCUCUGUCAUGCUCUGUACCACUGGGGGCUCUAUGGUGCUAAGCUCCGGGUGAUCCUGUUUACCUGCAGCUCAGCCCCCUCUCCUCCCUCCUAGCCUGUGUGGUGGACAGGACUGAACACCCACUAGUGUGGUCAACCUCUAGGUUACCUUGGUCUGACCCCAGCACUACCCAGCCACUUGCUCUCUGCUCCACUGCCAGUGAAAAACAAUGACUUCUCAAGAGGAGGAAGCAUCGUUCAGCAGGUUCUUCCAGUAUGUGGAGGACAGUGGACUCAGGGCCUAUGAUGGACUGGUCAUCCAGAAUGCCUCUGACAUCGCCCGUGAGAGCGACCGCGUCCGCAAAGAGACCAACUGGGCCUACCUUCAGGAGAAACACGAUAAGAAGAGAAGACAGGAAGAAGCCAUAAAGAGGAUCGGUGAGGAUGUGGCGAGGGUGACGGAGGGAAGCUACGCAGGGAAACACUUCCGCAUGGGCUUCAUGACCAUGCCGGCGCCCCAGGACCGCCUUCCCUCCUCCUGUGGCCAGGGCUUCACUGUGCGUUCCCAGUCUCUACACUCUGUCGGCGGGGGUGAUGAGGAUGGGAGCCCCAACUCCCGUAAGCUACCGCCGCCCAAACCCAAGAGAGACCCCAACACCAAGCUCAGCAUCUCCUCUGAGGGUGUGAACUCUGGAUCUGCCUCCAGCAAUUGCAACAGAGACAGCCUGGUCAAGUUUGACCCGUCCAAGUCGCGACCUUUCAGUGAGGAGUACAAGCGGAUCCCUCCUCCCAAGCCAAAGAGGAACCCUAACACGCAGCUGAGUACCUCCUUUGAUGAGUCCUACAUCCAGAAUCAUGGCAACAGGAAGGAAGGAAGGAGGGAAAAGUCCUCAUCGCAGAGCCAGAGCCCAGCCCCAGAUACGGAGGACGAGGACGAGCCUGUCUACAUCGAGAUGGUGGGUAACAUUCAGAGGGAACUGAAGCAACGCCUCUUGGAGGACGAGGACCAGAGUGAGUCGGUCUAUGAGGAAAUGAAAUACCCCAUGUUCGACGACAUGCUCCAGGACGCUAAGUGGGAACAGGACAUGGAGCAGGGUCGUUCCUCCUCCUCCCACACCACCCCCCGGGGGUCCCUCUGUGACAUCCCCGCCCCCUUCCCCAACCUGCUCACCCAUCGGCCGCCCUUGCUGGUCUUUCCGCCAGCCCCUGCGCAGUGCUCGCCUAACUCGGAUGAGUCACCCCUCACUCCGCUGGACGUCACAAAGCUGCCCAUGCUGGAGAAUGUUGCCACUGGGUACACCAACAAGCCCGGGGGAGGUGCCUCUCCCACGACCUCUGAGGCUCCGCCCCCCUCCUCCUCCCCCCACCACCGCAAGGGGGAGAGAGAGAGAGACAGGAAACGAGAACGGGAGAAGGGAAGGAUAGAGAGCGGGAUCUCCAAUUCACCCACACUAUCACUGUGUCUGGUCGCUCCUCUGCCCCUCCCCUGCCCUCCACUCUCUACAAGGCAUCGGCGUCGGCUCAUGGGUAUCCCAGAAGCCAUUCCGCAUGUCCCUCACCUGUAA